CCGGCCCCUCCAAACCCCCCCGGGCACCGGGUGGUCCCGUCCCGUCCCCGCCGGGCUCUCCAUGCGAGCCGAGCCCCGAUGGCCGCGCUCCCGAGCGCCGGGAUCAAGCGCAAGCCGGAGGAUUCGGGAUUGGGAUCAGGAUCGGGAUUGGGAUCAGGAUCGGGAUUGGGAUCAGGAUCGGGAUUGGGAUCGGCCGCAUCCAGCGGCGCCACCUCGGACGAUGAGAUCGCCACGAGCGACAGCGGCGACAGCUGCGACAGCGGCAGCUCCGGCAGCACCGGGCCCCCGUCCAUCCUGCGGCGCUCCCGGGCGCGCCGGGGCGGGAAGCGCGUGCGCUUCGCUCAGGUCACCGUUUACUACUUCGCCCGGCGCCAGGGCUUCACCUGCGUGCCCAGCGCCGGCGGCAGCUCCCUGGGCAUGGCCCCGCGGCACCACCGCGCCCGCAGGUACAGCCUCAGCCAGUUCGCUCACCUGCGCCAGGUGAGCCACCGGCAGCACCUGCGGCAGCACCUCCGCAGGGAGAAACUGCGCGCCAGGAGGAGAGAGCUGACCCAGAACGGGACGGUGCCGUCGGCCGAGGCCGCGGGGCUGACCUUGGCCGACGUGUCUGACGAUGACCUGGACGUGGGGCAGGUGGAGGUGGGCGAUUAUUUCUACCUGCAGCCGCUGCCCACCAAGCGGCGCCGGGCGCUGCUCCGCGCCUCGGGCGUGCGCAGGAUCGAUGCCGAGGAGCGGCAGGAGCUGCGGGCGCUGCGCCUGUCCCGCGAGCAGUGCGGCUGCCUCUGCCGCCUCACCUGCGAGCCGCGCACCUGCGCCUGCAGCCAGGCCGGCAUCCAGUGCCAGGUGGAUCGCACGUCGUUCCCGUGCGGCUGCUCCCGGGAUGGCUGCGGGAACGUGGCCGGGCGGAUCGAGUUCAACCCCCUGCGCGUCCGCACCCACUUCCUGCACACCUUGAUGAAGCUGGAGCUGGAGAACCGGCGGGAGGAGGAGGAAGAGGAGGGAGCAGCCGCCCUCCCUGGCCCCACCUGGCCACCCCCACAGCCCCCCGAAACUCAGGACUUCCAGGAAUACCUGGCGGAGAACGAGCGGGCGGUGCUGCACCUGCAGACGGCCGAGGAGCUGGAGAGGCUGAAGGCUGAGGAAGACUCUGGAAGCGGCUCUGGGGGAGAGGGGGGUGGGGUCUGUGUCCUGGGGGAGCACCUGGAUGACACCUGGCAGGUGAAACCACCCCCGUGCCCCGGGCUCACCUCCACCAUCCUCAUCCCAGCCCAGUUCCCGCUGGAAUCUUCUGUCCUGUGCUACCCUGCCGGGCAGCCGGGCCAGGGGGGCUCCCAGCCUUACCUGCCCGAUGCACCUGGGCUCUACUGCCAGGUGGAGCCACGGGCAGGUGCCAAGGGUGGGAGUGGCCACGUGGAGCAUCCGGCUCCAGCCUCCAGCCCCCCUGGGAAGGAGCUGGGGGUGCCACCUGUCCCUGCUGCUGUGAGCAAGGGAGGAGCACCCCAAAAUCUCCCAGAGCACCUGGAGCACCCCCACCUGCCCAUAUGAGUGGCCUCAGGCCCUCUGGCUCCAUUAUUUAUUCCAUGGAUUGAUUAUUUAGUUGGUGGGGGCUGCUCUGGACAGAGGAUUUGCCUGGCCCGGGGCCAGGAGUCCUUCACUCACCUGACAGAGGUCACCUGUGCCAGGACUCACCUGAGCUGGAGCCUCCUGGAUCCCACGGCAGCUCUGUGUCCCCCCAGCUGCCUCCACUUUCCUUGUUUUUAAGGGAAAAAGCUUUUUUUCCCUAACUCCUGUUUGUUUAAUGAAUGUUUCACCUGGGCCACAUCCCAUCCCACCUCAUCCAGGUGAUGCUCCCUCUCACCUGCAGCUGGGAUGGAUUGGGAAGCACCUGGAACUGCCACAGGAGACCCAGGACUGGAAUCCCCAAACUCACCUGGAAAAUUCUGGGCAGCUGAACCAACUUCACCUCCUCGUUGGCCUGGAAUUGAUCACCUGUACCUGUCAGAACCUUCUGGAAUGUUCAUUCGCUUGCUGGGAGAUCCUUCCAGCAGCUGUUGAGGAGCUGCCCUUGCAAGGACCAGGAUUUGGGAAUGUGAGGCUGCCGGAAUGUCCCUGCCCCUGCCUGUGAUCCCGGCCCAUUCCUGGUGGGCUCUGAGCAUCCAGGUGGUCCUGGACCGAUCCCUGCAGGUGUGCACAGGUGUCCCAUGGAUGCAAUGUCACCUGGCCCUGCCCUACCUGAUCCCUGAGCUCUCAGUUGGCUCCUUGCCCAUCCCAGGUGAGCUCCAUCCAUCCAGGUGAGCCCCACCUGGCUGUGUUUCCCAAAGAACCUUUCCUGCCACUGCAGCACUCAGGAUCCAAGCCGAUGGCAGCAGGAUCAGAGCCCUGCAGGUGUGCACAGGUGUCCAGCUCCUGCUAUCCCACGGAUGUACCGUUCCUGGUGAGCCCAACUUCCAGUGAGAAGGAGCACCUGGAACUCCCUGUGCUGCUCCUCAGGUUCUUCCUGCUCACCUGUGCUCCUUCUGGCUCUGGGCAUCUCCGCUGGCCAAACUGGUCAGACUGGGAUGGAUUCAGGUUCUCCAGGUCUGGAGUCUCCUGGAGAAUUCACCUGGUCCUUCCAGCCUUUCCUUGGACUGGGAUUCACGGAAAACCCACCAGUGCUCCGGACCUUUCUGAGGCUCUGGGAUCUGUCUUGGGGUGAAGCUUCUCAUUUCUGGGGCUUUUCCCUCUUUUUUGGCUCCAGCCAGGUGAAAUCAACCUGGGCCAGGAGCAAUUCCAGCCUGGGAGGAGGCAGGAGUGGUGGAAAAUCAGGAUGUGGGGUGGGGCUGCUGCUCUCCAGCCCAGCCCAGGUUGGGUCUGUGCCCUUGGGAUUUGCUCACCUGGAUGAUGUUGGAUUUUGGGAUCUGCUCACCUGCUUGGGCCUGUGCCCCAAAUCCUGCAUUCUGCUCACCUGGACCCUACAGAUUGUGGGAUCUGCUCUGGAUCUGCUCACCUGGACACUCCCAGACCCUGGAUCUGCUCACCUGGUCUGGUCUGUGCCUUCAGGACCUGCUCACCUGGAUGCUCCCAGACCUUGGGAUCGCAGGGACCCAAAUCCCCCAAUCCAGCUGCUGCCACCCCUUUAUUUUCCUGACUUUUUGAUUUCACCGUUGGCUUUUCCAGCAGUUUUCCCACACUGGGGUCUGACCCCCACCCAGUUUUGGGGGUUGAGGGUCCCCUGGUGCUCCUGGGGGGGUCACCUGCCCCCCG